AUGUGCAAAAAAAAAAAAAAAAGAUAUGUAGAUAAUGUAUUUCUGCAAGAGAAAAAGGAUGCCAGUGCAGCUGAUCGUUUCACAGCCUGAGGCUCUGCAUUUGGCGCUUUGGUUCAGGCCUUUGGUCUGCAGGCCCACACCCUUCUUUGGCUUAACGCGCAGCGACAAACCGUGUAAAAGAACCCAAAAUCACACUGCAUACUUUUCACAGUGUAAAAAAAAACAACAAAAAUCACUCUAAACUACUGGCUGCCGCAGCUGCAUUUGGGGACGGACAGGAUGUGGAUGACAAACCUUGUUGCUCUUUGUCUGCUGGCCCUCGUGGUCUCUGCAGAGGACAAGAAGUUGAGUAGCCAUGCCACCACGCUGGCUGAAAACAGUGCCAAUCUGGCCUUCAGUCUCUACCACACCAUGGCUAAGGACGAAAAAACCGAGAACAUCAUGGUUUCCCCCCUGGUGGUGGCCUCCUCUCUGGGGGUCGUUGCUCUCGGGGGCAAGUCCUCCACUGCCUCCCAGGUGAAAACUGUCCUCAGUGCUGACAAACUCAAGGACGAGCAUCUCCACGCAGGCUUGUCAGAGCUCCUCUCCGAAGUGAGCGACGCUAAGACCCGCAACUCUACCUGGAAGAUCAGCAAUCGCCUCUACGGUCCCAGCUCCGUUUCCUUCGCCGAUGAGUUUGUGAAGGACAGCAAGAAGCACUACAACUAUGACCAUUCAAAGAUUAACUUCAGGGACAAGAGGAGCGCGGUGAACUCCAUCAACGAGUGGGCUGCCAAAUCCACUGACGGGAAGCUUCCCGAGGUCACCAAGGACGUGCAGAACCCCGACGGAGCCAUGAUCGUCAACGCCAUGUUUUUUAAGCCUCACUGGGAGGAGAAGUUCCACGAGACAAUGGUUGACAACCGUGGUUUCCAGGUUACCCGCUCAUUCUCUGUUGGAGUUGCCAUGAUGCACCGCACCGGUCUUUAUGACUUCUACGACGAUACCGAGAAUCGCAUGUACGUCCUGAGCAUGCCCUUGGGCAAGAAGCAGGCCUCCAUGAUCCUCAUCAUGCCGUAUCACCUGGAGCCCCUGGUGUACCUGGAGAAGCUGCUGACAAAGAGUCAGGUGGACACAUGGAUCAGCAAGAUGGAGAACAGAGCCAUAGCCAUCUCACUCCCCAAAAUCUCCAUGGAAGUCAGCCACAACCUGCAGAAACACCUGGGAGAGCUUGGCCUGACCGAGGCUGUGGACAAGUCCAAAGCUGACUUGUCCAAAAUUUCAGGGAAGAAAGACCUCUAUCUGUCUAACGUCUUCCACGCAUCCGCCCUGGAGCUGGACAUUGAAGGAAACCCCUUUGACACCAGCAUCUUUGGCACAGACAAGCUGAAGAACCCCAAACUUUUCUACGUGGAUCACCCCUUCAUUUUCCUGGUGAAAGACAACAAGACCAACUCCAUCCUGUACAUCGGCAGAGUGGUUAGACCUAAAGGAGAAAAGAUGCGCGAUGAGCUAUAAUGUUAUGAAUCCAGUUGGGCAGCUGUAAUAUUUGUGGAAAACAUGGCAGGAAAAGUGUGUAUGUGUGGUUGUGCUUGUGUUUUUUGUUUAGGUGUGAUUGUUACCUCAAGAUCACAUUCCUACAUGUCUCAGUAUACUGUUCACGGAUGCAUGAAAGCCCUUGAACAGCUCUGUACAUGUUUGCAGAAGAAAUAGUUUCUUUCUUUUUUUUUUUACAGCAGAUGGAAAAAAAACAACACACUUAUAUUAAGUAUGAUCUAUAUUUUGAACAUCCUGUUUGUCCAGUCACAACUCCUGUAGGUGCGCUUUCUUGCAAUAUCUUUAACGUUUAAAGAAGAGAGAUCUUUGCACAGGCUUUGUCCUCCAGCCCGCGCUCCUGCCUUUAUUUUGCCUCCACUUUGCACUGAACCUUUCCCUUCCUAUUGCUUGAGCUGAGCUUCCAGAGGAAAGGUGGCAAAAACCGGGUCCUUCAUUCACGCUUCCUUUCUAGUCGCCUUGUGUCAUUUGAUUGCUGUCACUGUUUUCCACAAAGAAGCUGUUGGAAUUUUGCGAUUAUGUGAUAAUGUUGGUUUUUUUUUUCAAUAAAAAGUCAGGAAAAA